CACACCCAGUCCCAGGUAUGAACACACACAGCAGUGGUUAUUAUGACAUUACUUUGGAAGCAGAGAGAGGUUACAGAGAAACCACUGGCACGUCAUUCCUAUGUUUAGUUUCUGUGUGCUUUUUUGAGUCAGUUGCACUUGUACUGAGAUGAGCAAAUUACUUCAUUCUUUUGUUUUGGAAUGGUUGGACAUAAAGACUUUUUUGAUUUUCCUCUGUGUUUUCUUGGUACUUGCCGACCUCCUGAAAAACAAAACUCCAAAGAAUUUUCCUCCUGGACCUUGGUCAUGGCCUUUCGUUGGCAACAUGUUUCAAUUUGAUCCUGCUAAGAUGCAUCUUCAGUUUGAAGAGUGUGAAAAAAAAUAUGGAAAGAUUUUCAGCCUUCGAAUUCCUUCGGCAAACCAAGGGUCAAAGUGGGUUAUUCUGAGUGGAUACGAGAUGGUGAAAGAGGCCUUGGUCCACAAUGGCGACAGUUUUGUAGAUCGUCCCUCCAUUCCCUUAUUUGAAGCUAUAUAUGUUGGAAGUCAAGCAAUGGGAAGUAAAGGUGUGAUUAUGUCGAACGGGUAUCCAUGGAAGCAACAGAGGAGGUUUGCUCUCUCUACGCUGAGGAACUUUGGACUGGGCAAGAAGAGUCUGGAGCCAUCCAUCCAGGUUGAAGCGCAGUGUUUGAAUGAAGCCAUUCAGAGUGAACAAGGAAAACCCUUCAGCCCGCAGAUACUGAUGAACAAUGCUGUUUCCAAUGUGAUCUGCUGUCUUGUGUUUGGUGACCGCUUUGAAUACAGCGAUGACCAAUUCCAAACCCUCCUGAAAACAAUGAACGAGAUUGUUUACUUGGAAGGAGGCUUUUGGGCCGGGGUAAGUCUCUCCCUCAUUCUAUUUGUAGACUGCUUCAACCUUAUGUGGUUAUGAUGUCAUAAGGUGAAUGCACCAAUUUGUAAGUCGCUCUGGAUAAGAGCGUCUGCUAAAUGACUUAAAUGUAAUGUAAAUGUUACUUACUUUGACUUGUUGAGUACAACUGUCUACCCUAGAGGAGAAAAUAAUAUUAAAUUCACUAAUAGAUUUUUUUUAAAUGGAAGUAUUAUGGCCAUCCAUCAAUCAGGAAAUCUGACUGGACUGGACUGAAGUUUUCCAUUGAACCUAACUUUGUCAGAAACAUACUGGCCGUAGCUCUUUUUGCCUCAAAAACCCUAUCUAAAUCAACCUAGAACCAUGAAAAAAAUGUAUAUUAACUUUUGGUCAUGUAGUGCAUGUAAAGGCUAAUGGAUAAUAGUAAAAUCAUCUGUUAGAUCAUAUUGAUAAAAAAUAUCCAUAGCCCAACUCAACAUCAAUUAAUGAAAAAAAAUAAUAAUCUGCUAUGAUUAAAUAUAUAUAAAUUAGAGCCACUGUAUUUGUUCUAUUGGUCAUAAAUGUGACUGCUCAGAUAAUUUCACAUAUCACGAGCUUCAUAGAUUCAAUGUAUUCAAAUUGAAGGCACAUAAUAUAAACUAUACCCUUUAAUUAUAUUUACAAAGAAAAUAGUAGCCUAGUGGUUAGAGCGUUGGACUAGCAACCGAAAGGUUGCAAUAUUGAAUCCCUGAGCUGACAAGGUAAAAAUCUGUCAUUCUGCCCCUGAACAAGGCAGUUAACCCACUGUUCCUAGGCCGUCAUUGAAAAUAAGAAUUUGUAAGGCUAGGCGUCCUGCUAGAAGGACAACUUCCACUGAAACUGGAGGGCGCACAAUAGCAAAUAAAUAAUCAUACAAAUUAUGGAUAUUUAACAUUUAGGUACAUGCAAGUGUCUUAUAUUGGUUGAAAGCUUAAAUUCUUGUUAAUCUAACUGCACUCUCCGAUUUACAGUAGCCAUUACAGCAAAAGCAUGCCAUGCGAUUGUUUGAGGACGGCGCCCCACAUCAAAACAUUUUUCCACCGGCACAGGUUUCAUAAAUUGACAAAUAGCGAUUUAAAUAUUCACUUACGUUUUGAAAAUCUUCUUCUGAUUUGUCAUCCAAAGGGUCCCAGCUAUAACAGGUAGUGUCGUUUUGUUAGAUAAAAUCAUUCUUUAUAUCCCGAAAAGUCAGUUGAGUUGGCGCCAUCGAUUUGAUUAACCACUCGUUCAACAUGCAGAGAAAGGAUUCUGAAAAUCUACCCCUAAACUUUGUUUCAACAAGUCAAAAUACAUUUCUAUUUACUCCUCAGAUACCCUAAAAUGUAAUCAAGCUAUAAUAUUUCUUACGGAAAGAAGUAUGUUCAAUAGGAAACCAAUUUUAGCAGGUGCGUUCUGUCUUCAUCGUGCAUGCAUACACAAAUUUCCAAGACUGUGUCCCUUUACUAAAACUGAUAUUUCGUUUUGAAAGUUACAAGCCUGAAACGUUGAACAUAGACUGCUGAAACCCUGUGGAAGCCAUAGGAAUUGCAUCCUGGGUGCUAGAAUUCAGUAUGCCCCUAUAAAUUCCAUUGUAAGAGCAUGGGCUCUCAAAUUCCGUUUGGAUUUUCUUUGGUUUUUCUCCUACCAUAUCUAUUGUGUUAAAUUCUCCUACAUUAUU